AUUCGCCUUGAGUAGCAUUGCGGUAGAUAUACCACACCUGUCUUCCUGGCCAUCACAUACGGCAGUCAUGUCAGCCUCUACCUCUCGCCCCUCGGCGUUGAUCCCUCUUCCCUCCAAAGAAGCCCUCCUGGAGGCGUACAACGGUCUUCCCCUCUCCGCCCUUCCCACCCCAGCUCUCCUCCUGGACCGAAGCAUCAUCCGGCGCAAUGCUACUCGCAUGGCCGAAAUCGCAGCAUCAUGGGAUGUACCCCUUCGAGUGCACAUCAAGACGCACAAGACGGCAGAGGGGACCAGAGAGAUGAUACAGCCCACUGGCAAGUCGGGAAGAGUUGUAGUCAGCACACUUGCCGAGGCAUGGGGUUUGCUGGAUGCGGGACUGGUCAAGGAGGGCGUAGUGGAAGAUAUCAUUUAUGGCCUGCCGGUGUCAGCAGCUCGCAUUCCUCAACUCGCUGAGCUUCGCUCCCAGGUGCAGAAGGACAAUCAGAAAGCACAAGUCAGGCUGCUCAUAGACAAUGAAUCACAAAUUGAAGCACUUGCAGCUCAUGACAAAGGUCAGGCUUGGUCGAUCAUGGUCAAGCUGGACAACGGCGGAGGUCGUGCCGGUCUCCCGGCGGACUCCCCAGCAUUCUCAAAUCUCCUCAGACUGAUCGCAAAGACGUCCUCGCAAGUCUCCCUCUACGGCUUCUACGCCCACGCAGGGCACUCCUACGACUCGCGCCAACCGUCAGAAGCAGACGCCUUUCUCACCUCUGAGGUGCAAGCUGUGAUCCAAGCCGCUUCCAUCGCCCAAAGCAUAUUCCCUUCUGCCUCCUCCUCUCAUCUUGUUCUAAGCGUAGGCUCUACUCCAACCGCUCAUGCUGCUUCCCGUGCUCCCUCAUCUGCCACGCUAGCACGAGUCCAGCAGGAGCUUCCAGCGCAUUGCGAGCUGGAACUGCACGCGGGUAACUAUCCCUUUCUGGACUUGCAGCAACUAGCAACAAGAGCUAUGCCCAAUAUCACUGGUGCCUCACAGCCCAGCCAAAUGGGCGAUGUAACCGUGUCGGUGCUGUGCUCCGUCAUCUCCACAUACCCUGGUAGAGGCACCGAGGCUGGCUCAACAGAAGCGCCUCCGCUGGGAGAAGCUCUGAUUGAUGCAGGGGGCAUCGCCUUCUCCAAGGAUCGAGGGCCGUGGGGCGGCUUUGGACAUGUUGUGUACCCGACAGAGCUAAGAGGAUGGCAAUUGGGCAGACCAUCGCAGGAGCACGGGAUUCUGACGCUCAGAGAAGGCGGGCCAGCGCAGUGGGAAGAACAGUGGACGCUGGGUGGGGCGGCCAAAGCAAGGGAGAUGCCUCGCAUGCCAGAUGUGGGAGAGCGAGUGAUGAUCGUACCACAACAUGCAUGCAUGACCCUAGCAGCACAUCCUUUCUACUUCAUCGUCGAUGAGCAACCGGGAACCACCCAAGCGAAACCAUUUGAGCCAAGGGUAGUUGAUAUUUGGGUGCCCUGGAAGGGCUGGUGACAGAGAUGAAAUGAGAUAGCAAGAUAUGUGCAAAAGCGAGAGCAGUGAGAUGCAAGAGCAAGGAAGGAUGAGAUAAUGAUAGAGUAGGGGUCCUGUGGUACUUGCUCAAGGUUGCAUAGUAUAAGAACUCCUAGCUCGGAUGCGCGCUCCAUACUUAUACAGUACAAAUGGAAUGGGGAUCAUCAGGACAUUGAGACCUGCCAAGAAGGCUGUAGCUCCGUCUGUGCCCAUGGCCUCAUACAUGGGCGUGGUGAAGAGGGGCAGAGCAGCUGCGAAGC